AUAUAUACAUGUUCUCUAGGCAUCUAGUGGCUCGGCUUUUAAUGGCAUCUUUAUGCACACUACGUGUGGGCCUGGUGACUUUGACGACGUCCUCGGGCUGAGCGGAUUGGCCUGGCCUGGCCGGCCGUCGUCCUCUACUCAGGUCGCUUCGACGUCUCAACACGGUCAAUCCUUCGACACUGCUGACCGUCAAGACGGUGGAUUGUCGCUAAAUGUGUUCGGCGACGAGCUACUAUAUCCCUUCGAAGACCCGAUGGCAGAGUCCUUCAGCAGUGAAUCUGGAGGUCCUGCGUACUCUAUCAUUUGCUCUGGGGACGCGGAGAAGUUUUGAUUACCUAAUUUUUACUCAUGAUUUUGUCUGUCCCCCUCUCUUCUUUCUCAAUCACAUCAGGUCGCUGUAUAUUAUUUGACGCCACAGCCUCGAUGGCUGGCUUGCUUCACUCCUCUAGUCACUCCUUCUAUCAAUACACUUCUCGAU